CAGGAUGUAGCGGUACAUCAUGUAUCGCGCUCGCUUCACAUCAAUCCUACCAGCAGAAGUCCUUCUCUGUAUUUAUGUCGACGCGGUGAGUCGGGUUUGGGGGAUGGGUGUAGUACGGAUCGUCAGCAGAGACGACUAACGGUUGAAAAAUGUCCAACAUCCUCGAUGCGGCGUCCAAAGUAAAAUGGGACCGCACGGCUGCGGCGAAGCGAGCCGUGUUUCUUGCGGCUGCCGCUUACGGGGUCAAAACACUGUACCCCAUCAUCUGCAAGCAGCUCAGCAAAAACAAAGCUCCGAGGAAUAAUCGCAAAAUAUCAAAGGCGGAAAACGGCUCCACUUGUUCGGUAAAAACACGGAUAUGCGCCGCGGAUCAGAAGAAGACAUCCCCCGGGGUAAAUGCGGAAUUUUUUAAGCAGAUCCUCGAACUUGGUAAAAUCCUCUUCCCUAAGCUUGUGUCCAAAGAGCUGGGUUUGCUCUCCUUGCACUCGGUGGCGCUGAUAUCCAGGACGUUUUUGUCUAUUUACGUGGCCAGUUUGGAUGGAAAGAUAGUAAAGACGAUAGUGGAGAAGGAGCCCAAGAGCUUCAUCAUCCAGCUGAUGAAAUGGCUCCUCAUUGCCAUCCCGGCCACGUUCGUCAACAGCGCCAUCCGGUACCUGGAGUGCAAACUGGCUCUGGCCUUCCGCACGCGGCUGGUGGACCAUGCCUACCGGACCUACUUCACCGAUCAGACCUACUACAGAGUCAGCAACAUGGACGGGAGACUCGCCAACCCGGACCAGUCUCUCACCGAGGAUGUCAUGAUGUUUUCCCAGUCCGUGGCCCACCUCUACUCCAACCUCACAAAGCCCAUCCUGGACGUGAUGCUCACCUCCUACACGCUCAUACAGACCGCCAGGUCCAGGGGGGCCAACGCCAGCGGGCCCACCCUGCUGGCCGGGCUGGUGGUCUUUGCCACGGCUAAGGUCCUGCGUGCCUGCUCGCCCAAAUUUGGCAAGCUGGUGGCCGAGGAGGCUCACAGGAAAGGCUACCUGCGCUAUGUGCACUCCAGGAUCAUUGCAAAUGCAGAGGAGAUUGCUUUCUACAGGGGACACAAGGUGGAGAUGCGUCAGCUGCAGAAAUGUUACCGGGCUCUGGCGGACCAGAUGAACCUGAUCCUGUCAAAGCGUCUCUGGUACAUCAUGAUCGAGCAGUUCCUCAUGAAGUACGUGUGGAGCGGCAGCGGGCUCGUCAUGGUGGCCGUGCCCAUCAUCACAGCCACCGGCUUCGCUGACAACAAAACAGCAGACGGGCACACGCAGGUGAUGGUGAGCGAGAGGACAGAGGCUUUCACCACCGCCCGUAACCUGCUGGCAUCAGGAGCCGACGCCAUUGAGAGGAUCAUGUCCUCCUACAAAGAGGUCACAGAGCUGGCGGGCUACACUGCACGGGUCCACAACAUGUUUGUGGUGUUCGAGGACGUCCAGAGGGGCGUUUACAAGCGCUCCUCUGUGUCAGCCACAACUGGAACAGAGAAGAAGAGCAAGCCCGAAAUGCACAUAGAUGGACCACUGGAGAUAAAGGGUGAAGUGAUAGAUGUGGACAAUGGCAUCGUGUGUGCGGAUGUCCCGAUAAUUACGCCGAAUGGGGAUGUGGUAGUGUCUUGCCUGAAUGUCAAGGUAGAAGAGGGGAUGCACCUAUUGAUCACGGGGCCUAAUGGCUGUGGGAAAAGCUCUCUGUUCAGGAUCCUCAGCGGCUUGUGGCCCGUCUAUGGCGGCCGCCUAUACAAACCCUCGCCUCAACAUAUGUUCUACAUCCCUCAGAGGCCGUACAUGUCCAUGGGUUCACUGCGGGACCAGGUGAUCUACCCAGACUCAGUGGAGGACAUGGCUGCUAGAGGCCUCAGUGACAAGGACCUGGACACCAUCCUGGACAUUGUCAACCUCAACCACAUUGUCACCAGAGAGGGAGGCUGGGACGCUGAGCUGGACUGGAAGGACGUGUUGUCAGGAGGCGAGAAGCAGAGGAUGGGCAUGGCUCGCAUGUUCUAUCACAAGCCUAAAUAUGCACUGUUGGAUGAGUGUACCAGCGCUGUGAGCAUUGACGUAGAGGGAAAGAUUUUCCAGGCCGCAAAGGAUGCUGGUAUCUCUCUACUCUCCAUCACACACAGACCCUCACUGUGGAAGUACCACACCCACCUGCUCCAGUUUGACGGCGAGGGAGGCUGGCGCUUCGAGCAGCUGGACACGGCGACACGCCUCUCCCUCACCGAGGAGAAACAGCGACUUGAGACCCAGCUUGCCGGCAUUCCCGAGAUGCAGCAUCGACUCAAUGAGCUCUGCAAGAUCCUGGGAGACGACUCUGUUCUCAAAACAGCAGAGGAGUGA